AUGAAAAUGAAGCCAACACAAGAAGAACUGAACUGCUUGAUUCACAACACAACUUAUUCCCGCCUUCUGUGUCUGAACGAUGUCAAGGCCAGGCUCUAUCUUCCGGUAACCAUCUUUCUGGCGGUGCUCAUUGUCAUUGGCACUAUCGGCAACACGAUGGUGUGUCUGGUGUACGUCAGGAGAAGAACGCGCGCCUCAUCACAUUACUUUAUCCUGGCACUGGCCGCCCUUGACCUCAUGACCUGCGUGGUGGGUCUGCCAACGGAGAUCGCUGACUUGCUCCUGCCCUAUACGUUCGAGUCUCCCUGGGCCUGUAAGAUUCUGCGCUUUAUCCACUCGACCACCAUCAUUGCCAGCAGCACCAUUCUGAUCCAGGUUGCCUUCGAUCGCUACUAUCGCAUAUGCCAGCUUGGACGCCAAUUUACGGCCAACAAAGCCAAAUUUCUGUGUGUUGGUGCAGUCAUACUAGGAUUUAUCUGUUCUUGGCCAACAUUUAUACUUUUUGGCAGGAAAACCGUCACAAGAAGACUCGGAGGAAACAUUCUGAAAGGAACCGACUGCACCACUGACGACUCCAUGCGCCGCACUAUCUACCCGACCAUCUACUACGUGUUCCUCUUCUCCCUCUUUGGCAUCACGGUGGUGUUCUUUGGCGUCCUCUACUCCAAGAUCGGCCUGACCAUCUUGCGGAGAAAGAAGUUUACUUCCGGGUCAGUGAACUCUCCGCCAGCAACACCCAAAGGCUUGAAGCGAGCUGGCUCCAAGAAAGCCCAC